GGUGUCUGUGGGCAGCGAAACUGGGCAGAUUCGACCAUGAGAGUUGGCAGUGUUGAGAGUGUUUUCCCGUGUAAAUGACGUUCAGCGAUGCUUUGUGUCGUCUUGAGCGGGAAGUGAUAGAUCUUGUGUUGUGGACGAGGCAUCAGAUGGUGCUCCGAGGGCACCAGAGAGGCAAAUAGUGGCGUGAGAGAUUGUGCGCUUUGCUGGGCCGGAAACGUCGUGCAGUGGUCAGGAAGUCAAAGAGCGUCGUGACCUUUGUUGCCCGCCCCGUACGUGAGUGUGAAGACUGAGAGAAUAAAUAUUUGUGAUUUGAUGCCCUUGAAAUGUUCUAGCAUAGAGUGACAGAGGCAAGAUGCGUGUGACAAGGCCGGUGUUUGCCUACACCAAGAAGAUCCUCGACUUCUACUCGCAGUUCAAUCCGUCGCCACUGUCCAUCAAGCAGUUCAUCGACUUUGGGCUGAAUGCGUGCGAGAAGAAAUCCUACAUGUUCCUGCGGAAGGAGCUGCCGGUGCGCCUGGCGAACAUCAUGAAGGAGAUCGCCCUGCUGCCACAGCAGCUCCUCAGGCAGUCCUCCGUGGCGAUGGUGAGCCAGUGGUACCACAAGAGCUUCGAGGAGAUCAUCAACUAUGAGAAGAUCGAGCCCUCCGGUGACACGCUGAAGCGCUUCGUGGGCGACCUGAAGCUCAUCCGCGACCGCCACUCGGAUGUGGUGCAGACCAUGGCGCUGGGCAUCCUGGAGCUGAAGGAGGCGCAGCACGGUGAGAUUGAGCCCAGCACGGAGGCGGCCAUUCAGUACUUCCUCGACCGCCUGUACAUGUCUCGCAUCAGCAUCCGCAUGCUGAUCAACCAGCACACGAUGCUCUUCGGCAACACGCAUCCCGAUCCCGGGAAGCACAUCGGCUGCAUUGAUCCCACGUGCAAUCCCAGCGCCGUGGUCAGGGAUGCCUAUGACACGGCGCGAUUCCUCUGCGAUCAGUACUACUUCGGCGCACCGGCGCUGGAGAUCGAGGAGCACAACGAUCUGGAGGCUGACCAGCCCGUUAGGAUCAUUUACGUGCCGUCGCACUUGUAUCACAUGCUCUUCGAGCUCUUCAAGAACUCCAUGCGCGCCGUGAUGGAGCGCUAUGAGCAGGACGAGGAGAACAUCCCGCCGAUCAAGGUCACAAUUGUGCGCGCAAAGGAGGACAUUUGCGUGAAGAUGUCCGACCGCGGUGGCGGAAUUCCGCGCUCGCAAAUGGAUUUGCUGUUCAAGUACAUGUACAGCACAGCGCCACAGCCGCAGAAGCACGUGGAUCAUCAAUCCAACACCGUGCCGCUCGCCGGCUACGGCUACGGACUGCCCAUCUCGCGGCUGUACGCGCGAUACUUCCACGGUGACCUCUGUCUGAUGUCCUGCGAGGGAUACGGCACGGAUGCGCUGAUCUAUCUCAAGACCCUUUCUGAUGAGGCCAACGAAUUGCUGCCGAUCUUCAACAGUUCCAGCAAGCGUUUCUACGAGCCUUACGUGCCCGUGCGCGACUGGUCGUCAUCCAACAGCAAAUCCCGGCCGCAGAUCAUCAUUUGAGAGGAAGACGAAAGGGAGCGAAUUUCCAGUGUGAAACGACGGUUGUAUUGACGGUGCUGGUCAAGGGAUUCUGUGGAUAUCAUCCCAUCGCAGCCAACGAGCAUUUAGCACAACUCAUUGUCAUUGUCCUCCAUAUGAUCGUAUUUCUCUACCAUUUUUAUUCUUUCUACAUUGUGUACAAAGUGCGGGCAUAGAAAUAAAAUAUUUUGUUAUACGGAAAGAGCGCAGAAAUUGUGUUUGUGUGGCAAAUUGAAGGCGAAUCUCAAGUUGAAGGUGGAAUUUAUUAAUAGAGAUUGCGAGAAUAGAGGAAAUUUUGGCCGAUUAGAUGACACUUUUCCGCACGAUUAAAGUCCGGGACACAGAAGAGAAAGAGAAAAUUCCCACAAGAUUUUCUCCUUGAGCAUGUUUUCUUCUUUCUUCCGCAAUUCGAGAGAAACAAAAGACCUUGAGGCAUUUUUUACUAUAUUUAAUAUAAUAAUGAAAAUAUAGAACCUUAACGAAGUUUUUUAUACAUUUUAGAGUCAUUUUUAAAAUUUAGCUAAACACUUAAUUCAUUUUUUUAUUUUUAAUACAUAAGUAAAAGUAUUAAGAUUUCCUUUUUAUACUCUCUUCUUCUUCUU